UGACAUUAAAUAAAGCCUGUAUAAUGGGAAGGGGGAGUUUUAAAUGAUAAAAAAAUCACCACCACCAAACUCCACCAUUCCAUCCCACAGCCACCAAUAUCUUCCAAACAAUAUUGGAACAAGCAUAUGACUGAAAUUUUACUUUGGAAAGCAUGUCUGGUGAAAAAGAGGAGGAUCAGUCCCUGAAUGUUAAUUCAGAAGGAGUUAAUGAAGUCUCCCUAGGUUUAUCUGAAAAUGGAAGAACACAAUCUCUUGGAAAAAUUAAUGCAACUGGAAAAUCUUCAAGUUCAUUACAGGAAGGAAAAUCUACAAGUUCAUUACAGGAAGGAAAUCAAAAACAACCUGAACCUACUGUUAAUGACAAUGGGAUUCUUGAGACAGAUAUUGGUGUUCUUGAGACAGAUGGAAAAUCAGAUAUAUCACAGUCAAAAUCAGCUUUGGACAUGACGAGAUUUUCAUCAACAAGUGGUGUGUAUGUGGAAAAGUCAGGAGAAUUCCAAGACAGUCAUACAGAACAAGCGAUGGAAAGCCCUUCAGAGGUUUCUCAAAGAGAUCCAGAAAAAUAUGCCAAAGAGAAAUUAGAAAGUCUUAAGAAGAUAUCAGCAGUCUUGAUAUCUGAAGGUAAAGAGACUGAGCUUAUUGCUUAUCUAUAUGCUGAAGGGUUAACUGACAUCCCACCAAAUUUUUUUGAAGUGCAAGCUAGAAAAAGCUUAUUACACUCUAUAGAGAGUGCUACAAUACCCCAAAAGGUAUCAUCAGACGUUCUGUCUGAAAUUAUGCUUGAUGACUCUGUAAUCCAACUAAACACUAAGGGGCUAGUUGAGAUUCCCACAGGAAUUUUUAACAUCAAAAUGUUGAAUUAUUUGUACUUAAACAAUAACAACAUCAAAACUAUACCAAAAGGGAUAGGAUCUUUGACAAAUCUGGAAAUAUUAUCAAUGGAGGGAAAUCUGUUAACAUCAUUACCUCCUGAAAUUUCCCUACUUCAAAAUCUUAGAACUCUAAAUCUCAAUUAUAACCAGAUAUCAUGGCUCCCAAAUGAAUUUUCAAAACUUUCAAGAUUGAAGUAUCUUUUGAUGAAUCAUAACAAAAUUGAACAGUUUCCUUCUGCUCUGGAAAAACUUGUAAAUCUGGAAAUUUUAGAUCUCAGUGAAAAUAAGGUAACUCUGCCAGAAUCUAUGGUCAACAUGGAAAAUCUCAGUGUACUCUACUUAACCGCCAACAAGAUGUCUGUUUUUCCAAAAAGCCUCUGUUACCUUCCUAAGUUAAAUAAACUCAACCUGUCAGAAAACCAGAUACAAAGUUUGCCAAAGGAAAUUAAAGAACUCAAAACUUUAAAAGAGCUUUCACUAACUAACAACAAGCUGACUUUUUUGCCUGUACAGUUCUUUGAGUUGAAAGAGAUAGAGAAACUGAAAUUGGAUGACAACCAGUUAGAAAGCCUAUCAGAUAAAGUAGAGAACUUUAAAAAGCUUCGGGAUCUCAAUCUUGCAAAAAAUCUAUAUAAAAACAUAACAGAUAACAUUUGCAAAUGUACCAUGCUAGAAUGUCUCAACCUUAAUAAUAACCAAUUCAAAAAGCUUCCUGCCAAUCUGCACAAACUAAAAUAUUUAAAGGAACUCUACCUCAGCAGAAAUCAACUGAUCUUAUUAGAUGAACAAAUAGCAUUCAUGAAAGAACUCUCAGUUUUGGAGAUUUCAGGGAAUGCCUUAAUGUAUAUCCCAGUUGAAAUAAAAAGUUGUACAGAAAUCACUAGAGUUGAUUUGAGUUGCAACAAGCUGUCUUUGUUUCCAAUGGGACUGUGUGCACUGGUUGCUCUUAAACAUCUAAAUCUCAGUGGAAACUACAUUUCAGAAAUAACUAUGGAAAUUUCAUUCAUUGAAAAUUUGCAAUAUUUAAAUGUCAGUAAAAACAAAUUGCCCUCAUUUUCCAUUCACCUCUGCACUCUGUCCAAAUUAAGCUACUUAGACCUCAGUAACAAUGAAAUAAGCAGUAUUCCAACCAAUGUGCACAAAAUGAAGGCUCUUCGGAUUCUGCUCUUACACCACAACAAGUUUAUUUUGUUUCCCAGAGAGCUAUGUGGUCUAAAUCAACUUAAGGUACUUGAUCUUUCUGAAAACAAGAUACAGCUAAUUCCUUCAGACAUUAAUGAACUGCAAGAACUAAAAGACUUAAAUCUGUCAAACAAUAAUUUUGCAUCUUUCCCUACUGAAAUCUGCCAUAUUUCAUCACUGCAGAGAUUAACGUUGUGCCAGAAAAAUGGACAGAAGUUAAAAUUACUUCCAGAAGAGAUAUCAAAGCUGGUGGUCCUUAAAGAACUUGAUGUAUCUUACAAUGAAUUAGAAGAAAUGCCAGAAGGUAUAGGUGAAAUGAAAAGUUUGGUCACUUUAAUAGCAAACAACAACUGCUUAACAAAGCUUCCAUUGAGUUUUUCAUCACUCCAUAAUCUACAGCAACUAAAUUUGAAAGAAAAUAAGAUACUGUGUUUGCCUAGUGAUAUGCACCUUCUUCUUGGACUGAGAGAUAUAAAUUUUGAUGGAAAUGCUCUGAUCAGACCUCCAGUGGAAGUCUGUAAAGGAAAACAAUUGGUCCCCAUAACACACUAUUUAGAAAGUGCUGACAAAGCAGACGAAAAGAUCUUGGAGAAGGUAUUGAAGAUAAUUGCUACCGGUAUCCCAUUUGAACAUUUUGAAUUUUUUUGUGAAAAACUGAAACUUAACAGUGCCAUAAUAAAAUCUAUUGAAAAUAACAGGACUCUUUUAUUAGAAGAAAAAGUUUAUCAGGCAUUGAACAACUGGAAAACGGCAAAUCAAGGACUGACCGCAUCAGCCAUGACAGACCAGUUGAUUAGAAUAUUGACCAUGGCUGGUCUGUAUUAUCUGACGAACAAAGUGAAAGCUGUAAAACUCUGUUCAAGAGUUGUAAAGUUCUGAAGAGCUUUAUUUCUAUUUUAGUUCAAUUAUUUUGGUACAUAAACUGAGUAAUUUUAACUCAUGAGGACUCAAUAAAUUUCUGUGAUAAAUUCCAUUACUUUCCCUUAAAAAA